AUGAAUGACGAUGUGUUUGAACUGUUCCUCCACUAUCUGGCGGGUAUGCAGGGCAAGUCAAUCGAUCGGUUGGUCGCACUCUGUCACCGCCUGAUAGAGAACAACAGCCUGGCGCCCGAUUCCGCCGAGCCUGAAGUCCCUGGCCCCACGGUUGAGGCGGCCCCCGCGUCCUCUGACAGUGCGGAGCUGGCCGAUUCUUCCUCC